AUGGCGGUUUUUGCCCACAGUCUGGUCUUGAGACAGCGCAUCACAUUCGACGGUCUGAUAGAACCUGCUGCCUUUAGACUCAGAGGGGCCAUCGCUGAUGCGGUAGAUGAUGCUUUUAUCUCAUCCUCCACAUUUUCUGCUCAGUAUCCAGAUAAUCAUCCAAGACACCUGAAAUCAGACUGUCUAGACAGGGUCUGGUGGACCCCCGUCGUCCUAUGGGAUACUGAUGAACUGAGGAGUUGGUCUGGGGGGUGUUGUGGAAGCGGGGGGGUCUGUUUCCAGUUUCACUGCGGUAGUCGCUGUCACGAUCAUCCACCGCACUGUCGUGGUCAUCGUACGAGCACUGAGACGGAACAGAGGCCAUUCUCUUCCUCUGCACUUCUUCCUGCAAGUGGAAACCCCUCUGUGGAUCCUCAUGGUGUUGAUCCGCCACCAGUUUACUGGUCCAGUACUCAGCCUCAUCCUCCGGAAUGUCGAAGGGCAGCUCAAAGCGGGGCGUCCAGCAGAACCUGGUGUGGAGUCGGGUUGGACGUUCCACAGAUCUCAUCCUCCCUCAUCAGAACCUCGGAGUCCAGAGACGUCCACUGUCCCGGUCCCUCCUCGUCCGACUGUCGGAUGGAGUCCAGAGGGAUCAGAGCUGUUCCGAUCAUCGUGUCCCAUAUCAACCCUUUGUUCCACAGCUCCACCACCAAACCCGACUCCAGAUGGUUGAUCUCAAACAUAAAGUCCUGUUCCCAACAUGGCUGAUCUCCACGGACUGUGAUGGUGGUGCUCUUCACAUUCUGCACCUUUAGAGUCACGUAGGCAUUGAACUUAUCUGGAGGCCCAUGGAGUUUGGC